AUGGAACCACCAAUCGGCGACAACAGCAUCUCUGCAAUCGGCAGUAUGCACGUGGCGGAUCUCAGCUCCUCAAGUAAUGGCGGUCUCAACCUGUCAGCCGCGCAGUAUGAAAUGGAGCGGGGUGUAGCUCCAACACCCGGAGAGACAGAGUCAGAGGACACAGAAAGAGAGAAACACAAGGACGACUUAGCUCUUGUAGCCAGGGCAGAAGCUGAAACACCAAAAGGCCAGGAACUGUACGGCCUACAGCCAUUCCUCGACGCUGACGCCGCCGCUCCAGUUGUGUCAGACAACGCUCAUCAUGAAGACCAAUCUCGCGUAUAUAGAAAGCCACAGCACGCAUUGUCAGACGAGUCUGAGGUUGAAGAACUCUCUCCACUGGAUACGUUCGUUCAAGCUGCUGAAGCCAUGUGCCCUCUCACAGACGAAACCAUUUCGUUCCUGAAGGAUCUUCGAAGACUCAGAAGGACGCUCGAGAACACCGCAAAGCUCUCACUGCCGCUACGGUCUUUCCCAUUCCUGAAUGAGGAAACGCGGCGUAGUUUGCUCGCACAGUCUAUGACGCGCCACCAUGCAGCUAUUCGGCUGCUUGGCCAGAAAGCCAGAGAUCUCAAAGAAGCUGCCGAUAGAUGUUCCGUAAUUUACAGGAGCGUCUCUAGCCUUGAGGUUCGAAAAUCGGUGAACAUUGACACGCUUGAACGAUUCCUCGAAGCGGUUGAUAUGAGCAACGUAUGUGCCAGCAUCAACAGAAGAUUGGGCAUCGAAGUCCAAGACUUCGAGAUCGCUCUAAAAGAACUGCGAGUGCAUGAGCAUUUCGUGGAGUGA